AUGAACGCCAGGAAUCACGCACAACAUACUUGCAGUCACAACAUAGAGGAAGCAGUAAAGCGUACAUCAAAGCGGAUAUUGCAGUACGAAAGUCAGAUGCAAGAACUCAGCACCAAGCUUACAGAAGGCUUGAGCAACUUUCGAGCUAUGGACAGCUUGAUGCAGGGCUCUCUCGAUGAACUAAAGCAGAGAGAUACACAGCGUGCUAAGCAUGCACUCGAAGAACAUAUACCGUGCAUCCACGAGGAACUUCACAACUCUCUUGUCUCUCUGCAGGAAUUGUCACAUACACUUCCACAAAUUCAAUCACAUGUAGCUGAAAUACGACGUAUAUACGAUUCUGGUCGAGAGAAAGCCAAGACUCUCGUGACAGACCUCAGUUGGUUGAACACCGAAUGGCACGAGCGUUGGCGAGUUAUCAUCUUCACGAAUCACUCCCCAGUUUCGAGGUGGUGGACUGCCACAAUGCGCGUCUUGUUUGCUGCAACUUUUAUAACAUUUGGAUGGAUUGCUUGGGUGGCAAUUGCGGGUGCCUAUACAGCUCACAGACAAAGGCUUGUCUGGGGGGAGAGGCUGAUGUCUUAG